UCAAGGGAGGAGAAUCCUCGCGCCAUAAAAUAUGGUGGAUCUCGCGACCCAGGCAGAGCAGACGGAGCGCCGCACAGCUCCGUUACACCAUGUUCUCCUACAACGCGACCGUUCCACUUUCAUUUGACUUCCAUCAUCCUGGAGACUACUUCAUUUUUCUGUUCCACAUUGUUUUUGCGACUUGCGCGGUCUUUCUCGCGGGCUCAGUAGUAGUUGGAAUAUUGAGCACGAAGAGUCUUCGACGUCAGAACAGAUUUAUUUUCAUGCUCAACACCAGCAUUAGUGAUACACUGACCGGGUUUUCCGUUUAUUAUCUUGGUCUGUUUGAUGUGCAGGAAGGAUACCCGUCAAGGAACGGUACAUAUUACAUUCUACCUUCAUUUCUUGGAGUAAAUAUCCUUACGUUUCUAUUUGCACAGAUAGACCGCUACAUCGCUGUUUGCCAUCCUUUCUUCUACGGUCGAUACAUUUUGCGACCGGUUGUCAUAGGAAUUUGUUUGUUUUGUUGGUUUUACACAUAUACUAUUGUAACUGUGCAAAACGUCGUCCCCAUUUCCAAAGCUGCGCAAAUUAACGCGUUUGGCGUUAUGACAUUACAAAUAAUAGUGCUCACUAAAGUUCUAAUGACUAUAAAGUUGUAUGUAAUCGCCAGGUAUCAACUUGCACGAGACCCACCGAGCACCGAGAGGGAUAACAAGAAGGAAUCGCUGAGGACAAUAGUAUUCGUCGUCAUAUGUUUCUUAACGCUGUGGUGCCCCUCCUUCGUCAACAUUAUUGUGAGGCAGCUGACGAAGAACGGUCUGAAAUUCAGGAACGAAGCCACGAACCUCUUCGCCAUUAUGGCGCGAUUGAACGCGCUCAGCACGCCGGCACUGUACAUCUGGGGAAGCCCCGCGCUGCGCAAGGCUGUGAAGAAAACCAUCUGGGGAACAGCGUGCGCAAAUCUGACAGCAAGAAUUGAUUUUUCCCGCGAACGGAGUGGAGGUGAUCGAGCCGAAAUGAGCAGCAUAUCAAAGGGUUCCAAGAAACUGAACAUACGGAGGAAGGCACGCGCCGAGGUCCUCUGCUCAUCCGCCAUGUGAGCAUAGUCGUUUUUCAUUUUAGAUUAUUAAAAUAAAUAAAUACAUUGUGAACAAAAUGUAUCCUACAAUUAGACAAGAAUACACGUGCCUACACGAAUGCGCUUACAGAGCCUGUUUCGACUUUUAUUCCAAUGGCACUGCAACCGUGUAGUCACAGAAUCUGAACAAGGGGCAAUGGGUCUAAAUGUGUACUUGAUUGUAUUAUUUUUAAUGGAAGGAUUGCAAAAAUCAAUAUGCACCCAUCUGGUCUUUUUAUGCUUAUC